AUGUCUUAUCAAAAGGAAGUCAGGUGAGUUGAGGAUUUUCAUGGAGCCUCCAAUCCCUAGGGUUGAUUGAGAUGAAAAUCCUCUCAUCUGUUCAUCCCUUUUUCAGAUACACUUCUCAUUCACUCUCUCCUCUACAUAGACGGAGCAGAUCGAGAUCUAUGUCACGGGACAGGAGUCGCUCCCGGUAAAGUUCAAAUAUUUGAUGCUAAAUCAGUAAUUAGACUGACUCUCGAAUCUUACCGGCUAGUUUCAUUUCAUUUAUACACCAACGUAGGAGCCGAGAUUCUGCGACUGCAAACAAUCCUGGGAACAACCUGUAUGUUACUGGGUUAUCUACCCGUGUGACCAGCAGCGACCUUGAGAAAUAUUUCAAUAAGGAAGGAAAGGUACUCCUUUAUGUCCUCACCAUUUUGUUAUCUAUUUUACCGAAAAAUAAAAUAAAUAGAGGUAAUUACCAAGGAUGAGAAAGAACCAUAAUUUCUACAAGUUUUCUUUGGGGCUCGAGAGAUGGAAUAGAUAGUGCCCCAAAAGUGGUUAACUCGCCGCUGGGGAAUUCACACAAAAGGGUACGAGGGAUUCUCAACGAGAAAAGUGCUCUCUGAACCGUUGUUUCCAUUCUGGAGAAUAGUAUCCAUUUGACUGGACACCAUCGUGGCAGACCGAAAGGGUUUGGCCAUGCGUAUUAUUUUUCUUGGCAGAGGUUGGAAAAAGGAGUUUUUAGUAAGAGAGUUUUAUCGUCCAAACUGGGUUGAAAAAUUCACAUCCAAAUUCAAUAUAUUUCAAGUUUGUAAAUUAUUAUAGUUUCAUGAAUGAUCAUUCUAGAAUUUCGUUGCCCAGGUCGUAGAAUGUCACGUGGUAACUGAUCCUCGCACCAGAGAAUCCCGUGGCUUUGGAUUCGUGACGAUGGGUACCUUGGAGGACGCCAACCGGUGUGUGAAAUACCUCAAUCGCUCAGUGCUUGAAGGCCGGCUAAUCACUGUGGAGAAGGUAAUAUGAAGCUUCGCCCGUGGAUGAUUUUGGGGAUAUGCCAGGAGAUGAAUAAUUUUAUGUCAGUAUUUUAUUUCCAAAGUAUUGCCUGAUUAUUUUUGACAUCAGGUCUGCUGUGUGUGUCUCCAUCGAACUCUCAUCGAUCUAUGAACUUAGACAGUCUGAACCACCCCUUUAUCGACAUGAGCUCAGCAUCGACUAUUUUACCAAGAUUGUAUGCCCAGUAUGCCUUUCUCUUUGCAAAGGAUGCAAUGCCUCGCUGAUAUGAUCUUCAUGGAGCAUUGGGUACUAUUGGAUUAGCAAUGCCUGCACGAUAAUACUCUUCCGUUGGUUAAAUAUGUGAUAUAUUAAUAUUGACUCAGGUAGUAAUUUAUUAAUUUCUGGGAGGAGGAAAGUGUUUCUCAGUGUCCAUAUCGUAUGAGAAAUGUAUUGGUCCUAUUUGAUGAGUUUGAUUUCAUUCUUGUGAGGUUAAUUUGAAUAGGUAGUGGCUGUAAUAUCAAUUUUUCGGAGAAAUUAUUGGCAAGACCCUCAAUUAACGUCCAUGUUGCUUUUGAACCCGGGUUUUUCCACAGGCUAAGAGGAAGCGGGCAAGGACGCCAACUCCUGGAAAAUAUCGUGGUGCGAGGGAAAGAAGAGGUAUGCAUUGAUCUUCCUUCUGAUGAUUGUGGCUCAAUAUAUGGCCUUUCUAUUGAGUUGCAAGAGGAGAAGGCAAAAAUAAAAAUAAUAAAUGAUGACCCGAAAAUAGUGGAAAUCAGAUAAUGGUAUACCUUCGGUGGAGAAUGCAGUUAAUUAUGGCAUGUAAUGUAUUUCAUACGUCCAUGGGGUUUCUUUAAUGAUGUGGUCCGUGAUUUGUGUUGUGAUAAAUUGGGGUUUUAUUUAUAUGUUCAAUAAGCGUUGGGAGAUUGCCAAGAAAAAUAAAAUGAAUAAUGACCCAAAGGUGGUUGGAAGCAGGAAAAGGAUACUUUCCUUGGUUAAUAAUGUCUUUAAUUGUAGCAUGCAAUGCAUGAAAUUUGAUUCCAAGUUUCAUGCCGACCCAUCAUUUGUUUUGCAUAACUUGGAGUUUCGUAUCAUAUUCAAUAAGUUUUGGGGAAUACAAAAGCAAAUAAGUAAAUAAGAGAAGAGAUAACCCUCAGGUGGUGGGAAGCAGGAAAGAUCGAUUGAAAUCAUUUCAAUAGUAUUCUUGCCGUGGUGAAUGCAUUUAAUUAUGGGAUGGAAUGCGUAGAAUCUGAUUCAAAGUUUCAUGCUGAUCCAAGGGUUCUUUAAUUGCGCUGCAAUGAUCUGCGUUGCAAUAACCUGAGUCUUUGAUACAUUCAAUAAAAUUGAUAGCAGACUCUCUGUGAUGAAUGCAUUCGAUCGUAGCAUGGAAGAGCCUUUGUUAAAUAAAAUAAAUAAAUAAAUUCAGAAGCGCAGCAUUAUUCUAUUAUGUAGCAAAUCAUUUUAUUCUCCUUUUUCUCUUCCCUCCAUGUUAGGAUGUUGGUGGGAGGGUGUAGAGUCGCCGGAAUUCGGGAAUAUUUUCAGCCCUUCAUUCAGAUUGUUCAUCCCCUUUCUGAUUUUCUGUACCCUAAUUCGGUUUUUUUAUAAAACUCGGAUCUUUUCAUCUCAUCCUCCUCUCCUCGCUGCGCAGGCAGUACCCGGAGGCGAUCCCGGAGCUACUCUCCCUACCGGUCGCGAGACAGGGGUCGCUCUCGCUCCAGAGAACGGUCGCGCUCCAGGGACCGGUCGCGCUCCAGGAACAGGUCCCGCUCGCGGGGCCGGCGGGAGAGGUCCCGAUCGCCGUACCGGAAAGACGCCCACCGGCGGCAGCGGGAUCGGUCGCGCUCGCCGGGCGGCCGUGGGAAUUCCAGAUCGGACUAG